GAUUCUAUAGAUCGUAGGAUUAUCAUUCCAGCUUCGGAAUUUUUAGAUAUUAUCAAAUUAAUAAAAAAGACUAUAACAAAACGUGAUCAUAAAAAAGUUGACUACGAUCGAUUCCAAAAUAGUGUUAAAAAGCUCAGUGAUAAGAAGGAUAAAUCAUUGAGUGAGGAAAAACAAUUACAUAAGUAUGAAGAUCAACUUGAACAUGCAACGCAAGAAUACGAACACUAUAAUGACAUGUUAAAAAGAGAGUUACCACUUUUUUUCGAAUAUAGAGUUGAAUUCAUCGAGCCAAUAUUUGAAUGUUUUUAUCAUAUGCAAUUGAGAAUUUAUGGAUUUUUAUUCGAGCAAUUUGAACAAUUAGCAGAAUUAGGAUACUUUGAUUUCGAAUCUGAUAUAAUUGGUGCUUUUGAAAAGAAAAUAGUUGAUGCCAAGGAACAAUUGGAAGAUAUAACAUUGAUUAAACGAGGCAAACAUGAUAAGAAACAGAAUGAGAGUUCGCGUAAACAAAGUCCUGUUCGAGAAUCUGCGCGCGCACGUUCUGCAGGACGUACGCCGAUUUAUUCCAAUGAAGAUCAUCACGAUGAGGACGAUGAGCCUCCUGCAUACACCCCUACGCCUGUAAAAACUAAUUCAAAACUUUAUCCGACUCCAAAAGUGCCACCACCACCGCCACCUGUUUCCCGAAAGCCAAAACUUGUACGAUAUGUAGUUGCUUUGUAUGAUUACGAGGCAACUGCUGAAGGAGAUUUAUCUUUCCGGAAAGAUGAUAAAAUUGAAGUUAUCGAGCGAACUGCGGACGUGAAUGAUUGGUGGACAGGGAAGUUGAAUGGUGUUACAGGUGUAUUUCCUG